UAUAAAAACAAUAAAAUAAGCACUUGUCUGUAUAUUGAUAUAUCAAAACCAAUCAAUCAUCAUACACAAUGGCAAUCACCCGUUCCUCCGCCAAUGAGCUCGAAAAUACCACUGAGGGUUUUCUCGAAAUUCGAGAAAAUACCUCCGGUGGAUGGAAAUCCGCGAGGCUCAUCAUCGGUGUAGAAAUGGCGGAGCGAUUUGCUUACUUCGGCAUAGCGUCAAACCUAAUAAUGUACUUGACAGGACCAUUAGGUGAGUCAACAGCUGCCGCAGCAGCGAAUGUCAAUGCUUGGACUGGAACAGUGUCGUUUCUGCCGCUUCUCGGGGGCUUUGUCGCUGACUCGUUUCUCGGUCGUUUUCGUACUAUCGUCAUCUCAUCUUCUCUCUAUAUCUUGGGACUUGGGUUGCUGUCCUUUUCAACCAUGAUUCCUUAUCACCGCAAAGAUUCGAAUCAGCUCCAAGUGGCUCUCUUCUUCUGCUCUCUGUAUCUUGUAGCAAUAGGACAAGGCGGUUACAAACCGUGUAUCAAGGUAUUUGGAGCUGAUCAAUUCGAUGGAAAUGAUCUAAAAGAGGCAAAAGACAAGAGUUCUUUCUUCAACUGGUUGAUGUUUGGAAACUGUAUUAGCAUCUUGACGACUCGUUUAGUCUCUACCUAUAUUCAAGAGAACCUAAGCUGGUCACUAGGAUUUGGUAUUCCAAGUGUUUCCAUGUUGCUUGCUCUGUUUCUGUUCCUCCUUGGAACUAACUCUUACCGUUUUAGUACUGAGAGAGAAGGAAAGAGAAACCCUUUUGCGAGAAUCAGUCGUGUUUACAUGGAGGCUUUAAAGAACCAAAGACAACCCGAUUUAGAUAUAGCUAACGCGAACGAGACUCUCCUUCUCCUGGCUCACCAGAGUUCCAAACAGUUCAGAUUCCUAGACAGGGCAGCUAUUUCAUGUGAAUUGGCUGAAAUUGAAGAAGCAAAGGCGGUUCUUAGGCUUAUUCCCAUAUGGAUAACUUGCGUAGUUUACACCAUUGUACAUGCACAAGCCCCUACUUUCUUUACAAAGCAAGGAGCCACCAUGGACAGGUCAAUCUCACCAGGACUCUUAGUCCCUGCAGCUACACUUCAAAGUUUCAUAAACCUCUCAAUAGUCGUUUUCAUCCCCGUCUACGACCGUUUACUCGUCCCAUUUGCAAGAUCCUUUACUCAAAAACCAUCAGGAAUCACAAUGCUACAAAGGAUUGGUACAGGAAUUUUCCUCUCCAUUCUUGCUAUGGUAGUAGCCGCCUUAAUCGAGACCAAAAGGCUACAGACUACUCGGGAUGACCUCACCAUACCGAUGAGCGUGUGGUGGCUGGUUCCACAGUAUGUUAUCCUUGGAGUCUCAGAUGUGUUCACAAUGGUGGGUUUGCAAGAGUUCUUCUACGACCAAGUCCCUAGUGAGCUUAGGAGCAUUGGUAUGGCUUUGAACCUAAGCAUAUACGGGGCGGGAAACUUCCUAAGCAGCUUUAUGAUAUCAGUCAUUGAUAAAAUCACUAGCCAGUAUGGUCAAACGAGCUGGUUCGAUAAUGACUUGAACCAAGCUCAUCUAGAUUACUUCUACUGGCUUCUGGCUUCUCUCAGCUUCAUUGGUUUCGCCUCCUAUUUAUGGUUCGCCAAGUCGUAUGCCUGCAACAGACCGAACACUUUCUAAAGCAUUGUCUUCUCUGUUCUGCACACUAUAUUGAUGUAACCGGGUUCGGGAAGAAGCAUGCUAGGAAAAAAGAUGGCUGAUCAUAUAUGGGGGAAGAGAGGCAUGUAUGUUUGUUCAUCUCGAUGUAGCAUUCAAAUGCACAUCAAAAUGCAAUAUUUGUAUGUUCAUUUCAAAAUUUGGUUUCUACACUGAGAUAUAACUUUGAUCGAUUGUGAAUUUGUAAUAGCACCCCAAUACAAUUAAUAAUAAAAUGACUAGAAGAGAUGUUUUUGAA